AAAAAACAAACAAAUAGGCUCGUGGUGUGAGAAGAAAGCAAGAUGGCGGUUGUGAACUGACGUGCCUCUCUCUUAUUCACCCUCCCUCUUUCUCUCCUUAGCUAUGUGAGAGUAUGUGAAGCCCUGUGAAGCCCCAGGAGUCCUGCAUCAUGAUCCUCCCAGACGCGGUGUGCGGCCACAAAUACCGUAAUGCCGUGGUGUCUACAGUCAUCGUGGUGGUGGUGAUGGUGGUGCUGCGGCUGUGUGCCCAGAUGGUGGGGGUGGGGCUGGCCUCUGGGGGCAGCGACGCACGGGUGAGCCUGGAGGCCGCCAGCCACUGGGAGGAGCUGGUGGUGGGUGGCGGGGGUCAGCAACAGCCAACACCUUCUCGACACAACUGCCACUACUACAACUGCUUCAAUGUGUACAGAUGCGGCCGUAAUGGAAACCAGCGUCUGUCUGUUUACGUAUACCCCCUGGCGCGUUACGUCGACGAGGAGCACGUGGCGAUCAAACCAAUGUCUCGCGAGUUUUUUGAAGUCCUGGACACAGUCUUAAACUCGGAAUACCACACAGCCAACCCAGAGGAGGCGUGUGUGUUGGUGCCCCCCAUAGAUACACUUAAUGAAAACAGUUUGAGGAGGGACAAGAUCGGCCAGGCUCUCUCCAUGCUGCCUUACUGGGCGGAGGGAGAGAACCACCUGCUCUUCAAUAUGUUGCCAGGAACGCCCCCACAGUUUGACACGAGCCUUGGGGUGGGGCGGGGCAAGGCCAUGGUGGCCGGGGGGGGGUUCUCGUCCCUCACGUAUCGAAGGGGCUACGACAUCGCCAUCCCUGUUUACAACCCGGCCCAUCAGAACGAGCCCCUUGGGAGGAAACCUGGGUCAGAGAGGCAGUGGCUGGUGGUGUCAUCGCAGGUCAACAUUCACAGGGACUACCGGGAAGACUUAGAGGCACAGGUCACGCAGGUCAUGGCCGAGGGGAGUCACAGUGACCUCCUUGUGCUGGAGAAGUGUGGGCCUGACGUGAACUUGACCCAGCGUUGCCGUGGUGACCAGAUGUACCCUUACCCGGGGAUCCUGAGGGAGGCGAAGUUCUGCCUGGUGGUGCGUGGGGGGCGGCUGGGCCAGAGUGUGCUGUACGAUGCAAUGCGAGCCGGCUGUGUUCCUGUUAUUGUGGCAGAUGGAUACCAGAUGCCCUUCUCUGAGGUAAUAGACUGGAGGGAGGCGUCGGUCCAGGUGUAUGAGGAGGACCUGCCGGAAGUGAUGAACAUUCUCAGGAGGGACGUGUCGGUGGAGAGGCAGGGAGAGAUGCAGAGACAGGUUCUGUGGCUUUACGAGCAAUAUUUCGCCACCAUGAAGGACAUCACACUUACCACACUCAAGAUACUCAACGACAGGGUGUUUCCGGCCCACGCUCGGCCACUCAGCCUCUGGAACACCCGGCCACGUCCCUCUGCCGUGGCCAACCCUCUCUUCCUGCCCCUCACUGCCCCAGCCUCCGAAGGGUUCACUGCGGUUAUCCUUACUUAUGAUAGGCUGGAUUCAUUAUUUCAGGUGAUCCAGAUGAUGGCGCAGGUACCGUCACUGUCCAAGGUGCUAGUGGUGUGGAACAAUCAGAGGAAGCCGCCCCCGCAAGCCUCACUCUGGCCCAAAAUCAAUGUGCCCCUCAAGGUGGUUCAGACGAGGGAGAACAAGCUUAGUAACCGGUUCUACCCUUACGAGGAGAUUGAAACAGAGUGCAUCCUAGCAAUUGACGAUGACAUAAACAUGAUGACGGCUGAUGAACUGGAGUUUGGGUACCAGGUGUGGCGUGAAUUCUCGGACCGCAUAGUUGGCUUCCCGUCUCGUAAUGUCCUGUGGAGCAACGACACGCACAGCUGGAAGUACGACUCGGAGUGGACUAAUGAGGUGUCAAUGGUGCUGACCGGCCUGGCGUUCUACCACAAGUACUGGUCAUACGUGUACACCACCCAGCUGCCCGGGGACAUCAAGAGCUGGGUGGACACGAACAUGAACUGUGAGGAUAUCGCUAUGAAUUUCCUUGUCUCCAACCUCACAGGGAAGGCGCCCAUUAAGGUGACCCCAAGGAAGAAGUUUAAGUGUGGGGAGUGCACCAGCGGGGACCUCUCAGCCAACGAGGCACACAUGGUGGAGAGAUCCCAAUGUGUCCGCCACUUCACCCGCGUGUUUGGCACAAUGCCGCUUAAAACAGUGGAAUUCAGAGCUGACCCGGUGCUCUUCAUGGAUAACUUCCCCAAGAAACUGAAGCUGUAUGAUGAUAUGGGUAGCUUGUAGAGGAGGAGGAGGAGGAGGAGGAUAGGUAGGGGAAUAAAAUAGGACGAGGACAGGAUAGCUACGAGGUUGUACAGAGGAGGAUGGGUAGAUGAUAGCUAGAAGGGGGUACACAAGUGGAUAGGUAUGAGGUACAGAUGAAAAGGAGGAGAAGGAAGACACAAAUGAAGAGGAGAAUGAGUAGAAUAGAGGAGAAAGAGGAAGAUGAUGAAAAUAUGUUUGAGGAGGAGGAGGAGGAGAAAGAGAAAUAAUAUAUAAGUGAAGAAGGAAGAAGAAAAAACGAUCACAAAAAAAAAAAAAAAUAAUAGUAAUAAUAAGUGUUUAUCAUCACGAUCACUAAUUUCCGUAUCAUUGUAUUUUAAGGUUUCAUUAAUGCUAAACCACGCAACCAAGGCGAUGCUCUCUAUUUAACCUAACAGGGAAGGAAGGACAAUGAAGAGAAAAUAGGACAAUGUAUGCCAGUCUUUUUAUACGCAUAUUUAAGUAUUGGAUAAGUGUGUGUGUGUGUGUGUGUGUGUGUGUGUGUGUGUGUGUGUGUGUGUGUGUGUGUGUGUGUGUUGCAUUAAUGUUGCAAUGUAUUUCGUAAGUUAACCGACGGGCCAAUAGUGUUUUAUAAUCAUAAUUUAAACUUCAUUAGUGCCAUAAUCUCUCUCUCUCUCUCUCUCUCUCUCUCUCUCUCUCUCUCUCUCUCUCUCUCUCUCUCUCUCUCUCUCUCUCUCUCUCGUGGUUUAUUUGUUAUAUCAUGUUCAUUUAGUUAAGGUCCAAUAAGAUGUGUGUAUUUCAAAAGUUAUUUCUCUUUAUAAAAUAUAUGCAAGUAAAAGGUAAAAAGGUAAAAAAAAUAAAAUAAAUAACAAAUG